ACUAGUGGAGAGAGGGAAGAAAGUGGAGAGAAGAAGAAAGACUUUUCUCCCUCAGGAGAGAAUUCACUUUGCCAAUAGCUGGUUCAGUUUUAGAACUAAAUGAUUAAUAUGACUUGACUAUCCUACAUUUGAAAUGAGUCUAAGGUCAGAUGCAGAUAACUGUAUCCUGUUUACUGAGCCAGUCAUACUGAGGUAUAUCAUGGAUUCAUUCAGAGCUCCUGUUGAUAAACUUGUAAUGAUUAAACAGCAAGCGUUUAGCAGAAGUUUAGGACUUUUCUCCAGAGUUCCUGAGCUGCUUGGGAGUCUUGAGAGGAGGAAGAAAAUUCAGCAGAACCGAGACCUUGAUAACAAAAAAAAAAAGUGAAAAUUACAUCGAAAAUGCAUGUAGUGAUUAGGAAGUUCCAGCCCUCAGACUCUGAAGCAGUGAAAAUCAUAUUUCAAGAUGGAAUCAAGGAGCACAUUACUUCUUCAUUCAUCUAUGCCAUUUCCCAGCCACUCCACAUUACUCUGACUCUGUGCUUCUGUAUUGCGGGAUAUAUACUGUUUGGAGAAUCAGUUGUUCUGGCUUUGCUGGCUGGAGCAUCCUGGAUUGGCCUGUUGUUAUACUGCUGCUAUGAGUUCUACACUGGGUAUGUCCGACUGAAGCUGCGCACAGACAUGCGAGACAUCACAGGCUUUUACAUUAGAAACCCAGACAACUGCUUCUGGGUUGCAGAAGCUCAAGUCAAUGGGCGACCCCUGGUGGUGGGUAUGGUGGCUGUAGAGGCCAGAAAUAUUCCAAAUAGUGAUGGGCAAAAGUACGGAGAACUUUUCCGAAUGAGUGUGUCUUCUGAGUGCCGUCACGCUGGUGUCGGGUCACGCCUGGGGAACGUAGCUGUGGACUUUUGUAAAGAACGAGGCUUCUCAAAGGUUGUGCUUCAAACUACCUUUCCUCAGAGGGCAGCUAUCUCCCUUUACAUUAAGAUGGGCUUUAAACUUGUGCAAACCCACACUCAAAGUGAAGGUCCUUGGUGGAUCAACAGGCUGAUCAGAGUUAAGAUUCUGAAAAUGGAGAAAAUCCUUUAAACUUUAAUCCACUCAUCCAUUCAUAUACACUAUAUGGCCAAAGGUUUGUGGACGCCUGACCAUCACAUCCAUAUGUGCUUUCCGAACAUCCCAUUUCAGACUUUGCUGAGGUUGGCUCCUUUUAAUAUGUUAGCAAGUUUAAAAAUGAUCCAAUAAAAUCCCGAUUUUUGAUGUGGCAACCAUUGUAUUCAUAAAACAAAUAAAAACAAUGAACAACACUGGAAGCUUGAAUGUAAUGAGCUGAUUAGCAUAUAAACAGACUAUGCAGCUAUCAGAGUUCAGUCUGUUUGCCCAGAAAUGCAUUUAGCUACUAGUGAAAAUACAGUGGUUAAAAUGCGGUGGUUAAAUUCUAGUCAGGAUACAAUCCAGAUACAAGACACAGAAAAUGACCAGAUGGAAGCUGGCUGUCUGCUCUGUGUUUUGGCCUGUGAUUUUUUUUCUUUUGGGAGGUGAUCACUCUGCUCUGGACUUUUCAUUCUCUUUUCAUUCAUCCACUCUCUCUAGUCAUGAGCUGUCAUAGAGCCAAAGCCUUGUUGCUGCAGUGUAUCAGUGCUCACUAUGUCUGAUGGUUCAUGUGGUGUAAACAGCAAAACCAUGCCACUGUGAGCAUGUUUCAUGAGCUACGCUUAUUACCUGCUUUUAAUGUUACACAUUCUCCUACACUCUUCUUGAAAAAACUCUGAAUAGGCCCUUACUGAACAGUGUAUUCUUCUCACAGUGUGUUUAGAAAUACUCAGAACAGCUUUGCACUUAAAAUGUAGAUCUCGAGGCACAACACCACAACGGUCUGUCUUGAAUUAACUUUGUAUCCCAAAGACACUAGAAUGAGAACUAGAUGCUCACUGGGGAGAGUUUCAAUGCCUAUGGUCUACCUGUACACAUUUCAAACAAAUUGGGUGUCUUCGUCUAUCCCAUCUCAGCAGGUGCUCUCUUUUGAAUUGGAUCAAAAUAUGAAUAAUUUCACUUUGAACACACUCUUAAUAAGUAUCUGGUUCCAUGUGGCAACACAGUAAUAAGUGAAAAAGUUCAAAGGGUAUGGAAGCUGUAUAUAGUUACUGUAUGAUGUAGUUAAACUUUGGCUGGCUAUAAAAAUUAUCUUAAUUAUUUUCUGAGAGGAACAUCAUACACUGUCCCAUUGUGAAAAAUCAGGACAGUGCAGAAAUAUUAUUUAAAAUAUUAAAUAGAGAUUUUAUUUGGUGCUCUUGAGACAUGGUGACUAGCACUAUUAAGGAAUAUUAACUUAAUAACUAAUUACUAAUUAACAAAUAAACUUAAUAAAGUAAUGUGACAUAUUAAAAGAACUUAUAUUACUCCUUUAACAUUAUAACAGAAAAACUUAAAGUCAGCACCUUCUAUAAUAAGUAUACACUACUUUGAAGUUUGAAGUUCCAGAGCUGGUACCAUAUUACUCUUUCCACAGAGAUCACCUUGAUAAUAAGAAUGCUGAAUCUCCUGUCAUGAAUUCUUCACAAAUUCACUAGAGGCAUCUUUAUCUGACUUUUUCUGCUUCUUCUAAACCAGCAGAUUUGUCAUUGUUAGUUAUUAGAAGACAACUGUGUUUAGAGACAGUAAAAAAAACAGUCAAUCAGCAAAGAUGUCAAGUCACCCAGUUAAAAUCUGAUGGAUAAAAUCAUGGAUGGAUGAAAAGUUCUACCCAUGCUUGAAAUACAUCACUUUGCAGAAGAAAAUGUGUUCAAAAUUGUGUUUCCCAUUUAAAGACUGAUCUUUAAACUGUCCAGUCUGGUUUUAACGGUAUAAGUAUUAUCUUAAAGAAAGAAUUGACAGACAAAGUCCAUACAUUAAUUAGGUUUGCAGUUUUAUUUAAUAUAAAUCUGCUUAAAGUAAUAAAUUACACUGGUUUCAUGUAAUUUUGAUAUUGAUAUUGCAUUGAUAUUGCUUUGCAUGCGAGAAUUGUGUAGGCUAAUAUUUUAAUUAUUGUUUCUUACUCAUGCAGUUUUUAUUUGUAAGAGAAAACUGCACAUGUAUUUCCUCAGCUGGCCCAGGACCCACUAUUAAAUACCCUAGAACUGCCCUUAUAACCUAUUGCACCACUUCUAAGUUUCUGUCUCUGUAAUUGCUGAGUUGGUGCAUGACAGCAACAUGCAAGACGUGGGCUUGGUUAUACUUUAAUCAGAAGGCCUGCUCCUACUCUGCAAGCUGUAUAAAGCUGCAGCUGUUUAAAGCUCAGUAAAUUAGAACAAGAAAAUGAAUAGGCAUAAUUCUGUGACCCUCAAGAAAUCAGUAAAGUUGACUGAUGUCAUAUAAAUUUUUAUUUUACAGAAAUCCUAUGUCACAUUUAGUAAAAAAAACCUACUAACACUGACUCUUUCUGUUUUUGUUUGUUUGUUUUUAAAUAAAAUUUGCCAUAUCAGAUUUCUAGGGGGAUUAAAACCGACGACAGUUCCAGCAUGACAUUUCCUAAAGCACAGCCAUAUGAAAUUAGUUAUUUUCAUCUAAAUGUGUGUGUCAUAUCGAUGCCGGAAAUGGCAUCUAACUACACAUCCCAGCAUUCAGCCUGGCCUACAAACAUGGCCGCUGAGGACUACAAUACCCAAACUCUCUCACAUUCACACCCACCUGAUUACUGAUCAUACACAUCUGGACUCAAUCACCGUCACAGCACACUCACAAUAUAAAUGGACAUUCAACACACACAUGCAUUGUGAAGUAUACUCUCAGUGUUUCAUAGCUGUUGAUACUGAGCUUUUUGAUUCCUGCUUGUCUCUCUGGUUCUCGAUAUUGUUCUGGCUUCGUUUGUGAUAUUCUGCCUGUUUUUUGACCUAAUUUUUGGAUUACUUCUUUGUCGUUUGCUACGGUUAUUAAAGCCAUUGAGUACCUGCA